CAAAGUGAGCACCUAUUCCAGUUAUAUUUUCCAAGAGAUUUUGUGUGGACACGCCUAUAGCACCGUCGAGGGCUUGCAUUGGCUGAUGGCAAAAAGGUGCUUUUCACCCUUGUGCACAGUGUCAAGAGAAAUGUGGAUCGUGUGUAUUCUGUGGGAGAGUGGGGAGUGUAGCCUCUAAACAUGAAGCGGACGGCAGCGUUUGACGGUGAGUAUGUUCUAUGAAACCGACUUCUCCGUGGCUGCACAGCUCAUUCCUAGCCAAGCCGUCGAGCGUAGCAGACGUGACCUCUUAAAAGCGCGCGAAUUCGUUUUAGUGACUUCGAGCAGUUCGUUCAACUUGUAUAUUUUUUUCAUAAGUGAAGUGAUAUACUGAUUAUUUUUCGUGUCAUCAUGGCAGUGCCAUUUGCUUUCCCUGAAGAAAAUAACGACGUUGAUGUCAUCAUCAGGCAACUCAGCCUCCUGCUCAACAGACUCGCAGUGGAAUUCAAAAAACAGCGGAACGAAAAUGUACAGCUACGAGCUAGAAAUAAACUCCAAUCUGGCAGCGGGCGGCAGACUACCCAUCCCAACCAGGAACAUCCGAAUGGGGCCGUUGUCAGUGACACCGUGCUGAGCGCAAUAGCAACUUGCAAAAGAUUCACAGUUUCGCACAGCGUAGCUGACCCUUCAACCGCCCGUGACUUCGAAGAUGCCAAAAACGAUGCCAUCUCGCCAUUCGACAAAAACGAAUUUUACGAAGCCGACGAGAAUCAGGAACUUGCAGAGAUCGAGCCAGUAUAUGUGGUAGACGCCCCAGCGUCGUUCUUCAGAUUGAGGUGGGAGACUUGUCGGUUGUGGUGGUCUUGGUUUGUACCCCGCAACAUCACCACAAAUCAGUUCUGGACGACUACGGUUAUAUGCGUAGUCGGGUGGCAUCUUCUGCGGUAACUGCACCUUAAAAGUCCCGUCACCUUUUCCAAAGACACAGUGAUUACUAUUGUAGAUUAUGCGAAAAAUUUUUAUUUUCGAUUAAAUAAACUUUCGGUGUGUUUUGUUGUUAGUUGUGUAUAUAUUGAAAUAUAUGGGACAAUAAGCUUGAAGGCGUCCUAUUUAAUAAUGAUGCGUGCGAGUCAAGUGGGUAUCGUCCUUUCCAAAGAGAGCAACAAGUAACUAUCAAAGCAUUUUGAUCUCAUUCAGUAUAUCGACGGAUAGUUCCGGAUUCGUCGAGGUACUCUCAGGAAUUUUUAAUGGUUAGAAAGAAUAUUCAUAGUUGAUUUGGACUGUUUGAUUACUGAAAAGAAAAAUUGUAAGAUAAAAAUUGUACAUAGCCAAGAGUUGGAUUCAGUAUAGCCAAAGAUUGAAUAUGCGAAUGCCGUGUUGUUUUGGAAGAUUAGGCAGUUCAUGUGGGCAGGACGUUCGCUUUCGCUACCAUGAGUCUAACUGUAGAGUUAAGGACGGCGCAGCUCGCAGUUCUGCGGAGGCAGAUCAGCCGCUGCCCUAAAGGUUUUCAUAUGAUCUCUGUAAAAAGGGUGCGGCGAUUGCUGGACGCUAAGAGCCGAUCAGCCCGCACCUGAUUUUGUACAUAAUAUUUAUGGAGUGACUGGCCAAUCGCCGUUAGGCCGCCCAAAAUUAUAGACAUAAAUAUAACUAUUAUAAACGAGUUAAUAUUUUGGAAAUUUAAAGCAAUUUAUAUGUAGUCUAGGUUAGUAGUAUAGGUUUAAUGCUUUUCGUGUAGUUAGUUGGCUCUUCAAAGCGUCUCUGUGAUUAGAAGAGUGUAAAUUCACUUGUGAUGUUAAUUCAAAGUGUAAUUUCACUUCUUUCUAGAAGUGUUUAUUACAAUCACUCCUGAUCCCAUGAUCUCGAAAUAUAUUUUAAAGUGUUUUGUUUUGUAGUUGAUUAUAACCUAGUCACUAUAGUCGUUUGUUUUAGCGUUGGCUAGGAUUCUCAUUUUUUUUUUGUUCGUAAAUUUUAUGUACUAGUAUGUUAUUGUUUAUUGUGUUUACUUAUUUUAUUAUGUAAGAACUGUUUUGCCAUAAGAUUGUAAGUAGGAAGUCUUCUCUCAUGCUCGUUUUAUAAAGCAAAAAUAACAGAUUCGAACAAUUCCCCUCUAUUUUCAAAAUUGUAUGCUAUGUAUGUGAUUCAGAGAAUUUUGAUAUAAUCAUAUUGAAUUUAUGGUAAAGUUUAGCAGAGAAUUGUAUUUUUUUACGAUUUCAAAAAUUCCACGUAUGAUAUGAUAGUCACUGUUAUUUUUGUUGGGUAUAAAACUACAAUAAUUCUGUUCGCCUUUGUACAUUGAAAAUUACCUGAACAGGACCAAUCUGGCCUGAAAGAAGGCCCCUUCGUGAUAUUGAACCCUGGGGAGACCAAUAAAAUAUUCAGUUGAAAUUGCUUAUGUAUAAUACUAUUAUUUGAGAUCUAUAUGUUACUAAGUUUUAUACAUGUUUAUAAACAUAUAUCUCUAUAGUAUUCUAUUUUUGUGAUGUAUGGAAAGAGUUAUAUUUUGCUGCUUUUUUUGCAGGAAUUUUUUUAAGCCAUACACACGUCUACUACCGAGUUCUCUCACUUAUCGUAAAGUUUUACACUUUUAUAUAGAUACAAAUAAAAUAGAUGUAAACAUGCCGAAAGAA